AAGGUCUUAAUUAAUCAAUUAAACUCAAUAAACCUCUUCCUACUUUAUAGCCAAUAUUUAUGACUUUCUCUCUCUCACUCUCAAUCAAACACACUCACAUUACAUAUGCUCAACCCCACCAACUCUUUUGAAUAAGUUACUCAUCUUUUGAUGCUUAAAGUAUAGUAGCCUUAUACUUUUUUGUUUCAUAUGUUUCUUAGAUUUUUCUCUCAAAAACAAUGAUCACACUAUUUUCAGUAUUUUCACACUUCUCAUAUCUUCAAAGAUUAGAACUUUAGUUCUGAAAAAACUAUGAAACUUCAGUGUUUUCCUCAAAAAUCAUUCUUGUACUAUCAUUGAGCAGUCUUAAAACUUAUGUUUAUGUUUUUACUGUGACAUGCAUUCAUGUUUCUACUAGAUUCUCUUCAAUUUGUUCUGUCAUUGGUUUUUUGGUGAAAGCUGAGAGAUUUUCUCUAUUGAUCUAGCUUUUCUUUAGCAGAAAAUGGGAUUGAUGAUAAUUUUUCUGCUAUUUAAGCUACAUUUUGUUCUCAGUAAUCAACAGCUUCAUGAAUUUGCAGAUACCAAUCUACCCCAUUUCAGAACCAGAAGUCAUUUAAGUAUUGCAAUUCCACCGUCAGUGUCAUCUUCUUACGCUCCUUCAAGUAUUGCACAACCACCCACUAAGUCAUCGUCAAGCGUUCCUACAAGUAUUGAUUUACCACCUUCCAAGUCACAUGACAGAGCUCCUACAAAGAUAUGGAAACAUGGUUUUGUGGAUUCUCCAAUAUCACAUCAUAAGCAUCACUAUUCCGGAAGAAAGAACCGCAAUCCAACUCCACUGCCGACAGCCCCAAUCCAGGCUCCUACAUACAGCAGUCAAGGUCCUUCAGUUUUCAAAGCACAACCUCCUUUCUCUUCACCAAAGAUCAAGUUUAUCCAUGGACCUGCACCUGCACCAUCACCAGCAUUUCGGUCAAGCCAUCUGGGUGUGCCGUCUCUUUCACCUAGAAUUUCACCUCUAGGUUCAUCAUUGGACAAGAUUAAGACUCCACCACCAGCAUAUACAUUGGUUCUUCCCCCUCCACCUCCUAAUAAAGAUUGCUUGUCCAUUACUUGCUUAGAACCGUUGACAUACACACCUCCUGGAUCACCUUGUGGUUGUGUAUGGCCACUUCAAGUUAAACUCCGCGUCAGCAUUUCAAUAUACAAGUGUUUUCCUCUGGUUUCAAAGCUAGCCAAGGAAAUUGCAGAAAGUGCUUUGCUGAACCAUAACCAAGUUCGUAUUGUGGGAGCUGAUGCAGCUAAUCAGCAACUAGAGAAAACCAAUAUUCUCAUAAACUUGGUACCUAAAGGAGUUAAAUUUGAUGAUGCCACAGCAUUUUUAAUAUACAAAAAAUUCUGGCAUAGGGAGAUUCUAAUAGAUGAUUCCCUCUUUGGUGCUUAUGAAGUACUAUAUGUUCAUUAUCAAGGUCUUCCACCAUCUCCACCUUCAAUUCCCUCAGGUAUUUCUAGUAUAGAUGAUGGACCAAAUCCAGGUCGUGACAACAACGGAAUGAUGAUGAAACCUUUAGGAGUAGCUGUACCAAAGAAAGAGAAAGAAGGGAGCAACGGAAGAAUGAUUUUUAUAAUUGCAAUGUCAUCAAUUACUGCUUUUGUUCUAUUUCUUGGACUGGCUUGGCUUUGUCUGUUGAAAUUCAGUUCUUGUAUUCAUCAACGUGAACAAGUUUCAGAUAGCUUAAAGUCAUUGUCUUCAAAACCGUUAAGGAUUGCUGGGCCGUUGAAUAAUGGGAUUGUGUCGGGAUCUGGACUGAGAUCCUUCAACUCUGGAACAAUAGCAUAUACAGGGUCUGCCAAGAAUUUUACCUUGAAUGACUUAGAGAAAGCAACAAAUAACUUUGACUCUUCCAGAAUAUUAGGAGAAGGUGGCUUUGGACUUGUUUACAAAGGUGUUCUAAAUGAUGGGAGGGAUGUAGCAGUGAAGAUUCUCAAAAGAGAUGAUCGGCGCGGUGGCCGUGAAUUCUUGGCAGAAGUUGAAAUGCUUAGCCGCCUGCACCAUAGAAAUUUAGUUAAAUUGAUAGGUAUAUGCAUCGAAAAACAGACCCGUUGCCUAGUCUAUGAGCUUGUCCCGAAUGGAAGUGUGGAAUCCCACUUGCAUGGUGCUGACAAGGAAAGUGAUCCACUGGAUUGGAAUUCCCGGAUGAAGAUUGCUCUUGGUGCUGCUCGAGGAUUGGCUUAUCUUCAUGAAGAUUCCAAUCCAUAUGUCAUACACCGGGACUUCAAGUCCAGUAACAUCUUGUUGGAAUAUGAUUUUACAGCCAAGGUUUCAGAUUUUGGAUUGGCUAGAACAGCACUGGAAGAUGGAAACAAACACAUCUCCACACAUGUCAUGGGUACAUUCGGCUACUUAGCUCCUGAGUAUGCAAUGACUGGUCAUCUUCUCGUCAAAAGUGAUGUUUAUAGUUAUGGAGUUGUACUCCUUGAGCUUCUUACUGGUAGAAAGCCUGUGGAUUUGUCACAACCGCCAGGUCAAGAAAAUCUUGUCACAUGGGUUCGUCCACUUCUCACGAGUAACGAAAGUUUGCAGACGAUCAUAGACCCAGUUGUAAAGCCAAGCAUAUCCAUUGAUACUGUGGUAAAAGUCGCAGCAAUUGCAUCCAUGUGCGUGCAACCAGAAGUAUCUCAACGACCUUUCAUGGGAGAAGUUGUUCAGGCCUUGCAGCUUGUAUGCAGUGAGUUUGAGGAAACAAACUAUAUAGAACCAAGUAACUUUCAAGAAGAGGGUCUUGUGACAAAUGUGGAAGGCAAGUUUUUGGACUUUUCGGGUGAGAGAGAGCUUUCGGAUUAUCAAAAAACACUUUAUGGCUAUCAAUCUGGCGAAGAAAAGGUAAGAUUAUCAGCUUCAGAACUACUAAGUACUUCAGGCCAAGAAUUUGAGUCAUUUAGGAGAAAAUCUACUUCAGGGCCUAUUACCACUGAGAAGAAAAGACACUUUUGGCAAAAUUUGAGAGGUUUGUCUAAAGGUAGUACCAGUGAACAUGGAUUUUCAACUAAACUAUGGCCUGGAUCUCAUUAAGGUUCCACCUCUUCCUGAAAACAAAUCAUGAUGAAAAUGGAUUAUGUUCGUUACUAUAACUAAACAUCAGGGUCCAACGGAAGUGGUUGGUGCGAGUGUCAUAAACCCUGGGGUACCGAGUUCAAUUCCUACUCAUAAAAAAAGAAAUAAAAAAGAACAGUAGUCUAUGAUUUGUUUGAGUAAUAUAUGAUUUGGUUGCUCUUUCUUAAUGUUCUAAAAAAUGGCAAUUUUUUUAAUUCUCAAAACCAAGAAGUAGCUAUCUUUGUUGGUUACAUACUUAUGGAGCAAAAUGAAUAAAGUUGUUUCCAUGUUACCAUUUAAGUAAAGAAACUUAAGGUGUGUUAUGUA